AUGGAAGGUGAAAAUCCGCUACUCAUCGCCGUCAGGGCGAACUUCACGAGACCUUCGUGGGCGGUCCUCCUGCUCGUGUUCGCGGGGCUCGCCGUCGUCGGCCUCCACGUCACGACCAACGCGAUUUCACCCUUCGGCCCACCCGUACCCAAUCGGGGCGGCGAUUCGCGGCCCAGCUGCUCCGGGAUCUUCGAGGCACCGCCGCGGCGUAGGGUGGCGAGAUCCAUCGCGGAGUUCGGGGGCGUGGGGGACGGGAGGACGUCCAAUACGGCGGCGUUCCGGAGGGCGGUGGAGUACAUGGACGGGUUCAAGGGGAGAGGUGGGGCCCAAUUGAAUGUUCCAAGAGGUCGGUGGCUCACGGGGAGCUUCAACCUCACCAGCGAUUUCACGCUUUUUCUCGAGGACGGUGCAGUUAUCCUGGGCUCCCAGGACCCGGAUGAAUGGCCGAUAAUCGAGCCGUUGCCUUCGUAUGGAAGAGGGAGGGAGAGACAAGGAGGACGACACAUAAGCCUUGUUCACGGGAAUUCUUUGUCAAAUGUGGUGAUUACAGGUCAGAAUGGCACGAUUGACGGUCAGGGGAAGAUGUGGUGGGAUCUUUGGUGGAACAAGACACUAAAGCACACAAGAGGGCACCUCGUCGAACUUGUAAAUUCUCGCAACAUUCUCAUAUCCAACCUCACUUUUCGCGAUUCUCCAUUUUGGACCAUUCAUCCUGUUUACAGCAGCAAUGUGGUGAUAAGAGACAUGACAAUCUUGGCACCUUUAAAUGCCCCAAAUACUGAUGGCAUCGACCCAGACUCGAGCACUAAUGUCUGCAUCGAGGACUGCUACAUUGAGAGUGGGGAUGACCUGGUUGCCAUCAAGAGCGGCUGGGACCAAUACGGCAUCUCUACUGCCAAACCGAGCGCCAACAUCACCGUCCGACGCAUCUCCGGAACGACCCCAACGUGCUCCGGCGUAGGUAUCGGCAGCGAGAUGUCCGGAGGUAUCCAAAACAUUCUCGUCGAGGACCUGCGCGUCCGGGACUCCGCCGCAGGGGUCCGCAUCAAAACUGACCGAGGGAGGGGAGGGUACAUUACCAACGUGACAGUGCGCAAUGUGGCGAUGGAGAGGGUGAAGGUGCCGAUAAGGUUCAGCAGGGGGGCUGACGACCACCCGGAUGGGAAGUGGGACCCACAGGCUUUGCCGAGAGUUAGGGGGAUAGUGGUGAGUGAUGUGGUGAGUGUGGGCUCGGGCAGGGCUCCGUUGCUGGGGGGAAUUGAGGGGGCUCCGUUUGAGGAUGUGUGCUUCAGGAACGUUACUAUACUGGGGCUGCGCCCGAAGGCUGUGAGGUGGAGCUGCGAGUUUGUCUCGGGUUUUAGUGAGGGGGUGUGGCCAUUGCCGUGCUCGGAGCUAAAGAGAAACGGGAGCUCCUCUUCAUGGUGUUUGAAUGCUUGA